AUGAGCAUGCUCCUUAUCACCAACCCGAGCAUGUUCAAUGGUGUCAUCAUCGCUGAUAAUAUGUUUGGCGAUCUGCUAUCAGACCAAGCCGGUGGCAUAAUCGGCACCCUUGGACUAGUUCCCAGUGCCAGUCUAUGCGACGUGGCAGAUGGAAGAUCAUGCAUGCAAGCAGAGGCCACAGCCAUCGAGAACGCUGUGGAGAAAGUGCUUGAUGGGAAAGACAUUGGCGGUCUGAAAGUCCGCACUCGAGAUCUCGGAGGCCAUGCUACCAUGGAGGAAGUUGGUGAUGCAGUUUAUGAAACUCUAGACUGA